UCGAGUUUACCUACACGGGGUAGCUUGAGUUCCGAUUAUUGUACCUGAAUUACAGUCUAAAUUGCUGUAUAAAUAGCACAACCAGUUUGAAUUUUAUAAAAUUUAGUCCCUAUAACUUAGCAAAAUGAAUUGGCAAAGUGCCCCGCCACAUGUGUACGACCUGAUAUUCCAACACUUGAACCUAGAGGACAGCCUGAGCGCUUCGGAGGUCUGCCAGGAGUGGAACGUGGCAAUCAACCGGAGUGCCGUUUUUCAACGGAAAGCCAAAUUUGCAAUUUCCAAGUACAGCAUCAGGGAAUCGGCGGUCGUCAUCAGAUCCAGUGUGAUAGAUAAAUCGCAACGUCAUUACAGCAAUGUCGUAGCUCGAGGAUUCAACUCGAUCCAGUGGUCCCAGGUAAAGUUCUACAAGAUGUGUCGACAGCUCUCGGUACUGAACGAUCGAAAUCCGAUCAAAACUUUCACACUCGAAACUCCGAUCGGUUCGUGGUUCUUGCGAGAAUAUUUGCUCUCCAUCGAGGGAUCACUGAGCGAAGUGGAAGAAUUCAAUCUUCGCAUGGUCGGAAUUUUUUACGAGACACACUCGUACAACUUCGAACUAAAAUUGCCGGAGCUGAGACGGAUUCGCAUUCUACAAUCCCCGGCCAUGGACAUGGGCUACCAAACGCUUCAGAUCGACUCCCAAUAUCUACAGUACAUUACAAUCUGUAGCAACUCAACGCUGGGAGUGAUUUUUAACAAUCCUCGAGCUAGGCUCAAGGAACUGUGCAUCUCGAUACACGCCAAUCGGAACCAUAUGAUCCGGGAGACGAUGGCCAUCAAAGAGUUCCGACUGGAUACACUGAUUAUCAAAUGCGUGCGAGUGGACCAAUGGGUGGGCCGAUUUGUGCUGCAUAUGGUGCCCCGGUUGAAUCCGCAGCGAGUGAUCGUCCAUUCGGCCGUUCAGGACAACAGUUCUAGUGUUGAUUCGUUUAUCGCAGGGUUCACUGCACUCACUGCUGGGAUCGUUAAACUUGAAAUUACCGUUGGUGGCGAAACGAAGUGUGACUGUGGAUCGUAUCUGUUUUGACAUUCAAGAUGAGCAAUCCACCAUGGACUCAGAUGUACGUGAAGUUUUAUGGUUAGCUACCAUAUUUUAAGACACAUUCUCGUCGAAACUUAUUAACUGAUGACG